AUGGCUCGUCCACUCCAUCGCGCGACAGAGUCGUCCACCCGUGCCUUCAAUAUCGACCAUAGCUUAGCAGCCGGGCCACAACCUGCGGGCCCACCGCCGUCAUUCAACGCUAAUGCACCGCAUGAGAAGAUUAUCUCUGCAAUUAUCAACCGUAUAAAGACAAAGCUACCGUACAACUCUGGGACACCCGUGACUGUUCUCGAGCAAGACGAGGCUUUUAAUCAGGCAGUCACGACGCUCGUCCAUCUCGCGCGCCAUCGCCUCGAUCAUAUCACCUGGACGCUUUGCGAGAUGUUGGAUAAGAUGCAUGGUGAGGCAGGCCAUCGCGAAAACGACCUCGCAUACUUUCAAUCUCAGCUCCUGCUCGCCAAAAUCCUCGCGUCUGCCAUGUAUUUCCGGUGGGAGUCGUACAAAGAAGAUAUUCUCAACAUCAAUGAGCGCCAACCGCAUUCUCCAGUUGGCGCAAGGGGUGGCGACACGUCCGAAGCCGCCUCUGGAUGGGUUGACCCUCCACCCCUGGAUGACAAAGUAGCGAGAUAUACCAUGUCGGUCAUGGUGCUCUUCAUGAAGCAGACUGGCUCGUGGGGGGACCGACCGAAAGCUUCGGGCCAUAUACACUCGGACACGUUGUAUGACUACGAGUCGAUCGAAAACCACAUGAGUCCGCCCAUUUCAGCCGUGAAACCGACGUUUACUGGAAAUGGAUCCAUCCAUCGCAAGCAAACUGGUUCGACGACGAGGAGGUCGGGCUCGAUUGGUGGAAUGGUCGUGCCGUCCUCAAACGGCGCAUUCGCCUCGUCGAGAAUUGUUACAUUUAGCUCCCCCAUACUCGCAUCAACGGUGGCCUCGGUCAACGCACUCCUCUCUAAAUAUAUCAACAAGAUCAUCUACUUCAUCUCCGCAUCCAACUGGUCCGUUGUUUUUGCGCGUAUUCAGCAAAAGAUACGCAUAUUUGCAAGCGGAUCCGAAGAGGUGCAUCAUGAUAAUACUGAUAUGAAGCUCCUGUCCUACUGCGCCAUGGAUCAAAAGCGCCUUGUCGAACUCUUCCAAGAAUUAUCUUCGCUUCUCGUGAGCAUGAAGCGCGACGCGCAGUCUUCGAUUGCGCUCUCCCUACGAAACGCAAUAUGGAACUGGAUCAAUGGAUUUCCGGAGCAAUUUGGAGAGACCAUCUCGUCCCAUCGAAAGCUGGAGGGUGCUCCGGAACGUGUGUUUGAUACGCUUUACCAAAUGAUGCAAGACCCCGGACCAUUGAGCACUAAUAGGCGCAUCAUUUGGCCGACAUUGGCGGCGUUGCUGGCAAUUAGCCCUGAGCGAUUACGGCAGUCUGAGGUUGCAAUGACCGGACAUGUCGCGGGCAGUAGGGCGACGAAUGCCUACUUACCGACCGUGUCAUCAACCCUAUCACUCAAGGACUCGAAGCAAUCAGACAUUGCAAUGGUCUGUUUCCUCGAUCUAUGCAAGGCGGCAAUGUGUCUCCCAAAGUCAAUUGAUCAAUCAGCGCUUCGCUCCUUGGCUCCAGAGCUAGCUAGCGAGUUGAGGAGUCGCAUCAUGACACCACCUCAAGGGAUCAGGCCCUUUUACGAGUCGUCGGAGCCUAUCGACGUCAACCUUUAUGCUGACAUUUUGGUGGCCAUCUUUCGAUUUAAUGCCGCCGAGGCAAUACGGAGCGUGUUCCCGGUGUGCUUGGCCUCUAAAUCCGACGCAGUAAAGACUUGUGUCAUUCGAUGCUUGGUGACACUUGUUUCUGAAGCUACACGGUACGAAACGCAGCCUCCCAUCGCUCCUCUCCGUCAGAAUUUUGCGCGGACGGUGCGCGCGGUGUUUGUCGGCGUCCUCAGGGACCAGGAAAGAGACCCAUCUCUUCGCCAAUUGCACGGGAGGAAUGCCGUCAAGCCGACCGCGAAGAAGUAUGGAACGGAUUUCUAUAGCGACAGCAACUUGCUGUUAUUGACGCUUCUCACGCUGUAUCGAUUGGACGUCAGCUUUUACUUUCACGACAUGCAAGAACGCUCGGAGUUGGACGUGAUCUGCGACUGCGUCGUUCUCCUCUCGCCUCAGCAGGAUGCGACUAUCCAGGCCACGGUUGCAAAGUCAAUACAUACAUUGGCUACUGGGGUUAUGACGAUGGACCCUCUGGCGCCCAUCUACCCGCUCGCGAGGAAGCAUCUCAAACAAAUUGGACUCGGCGUGAUCAUUGCUUCCGCUUCUGGGGCCAUGAUGUCUCGCUCGAACACAGAAUGUCUCCGCUCAUAUUUCUCACUCAUCAAUAUGGUUGUCUCGAGCAAGGAACUUGGAUUGUUGGAUGUCGAAGGCGACACUUGGUCACAGGAAGCGAUUGUCCAGAUGCGAUCGCUCGCCGUGGCAUCUGGCAUCCAUACUCUUGUGGCAUCACAACUCGAUAUCGCCGUUCUUGCCUCGAGGACACUUCGGGCACUUUCUCUAUCAGAGGUUCUUCCGUCUAAAGUGCCAGAAAUUAUCUUUAGAGGCACCGAAGAAUACACUAAAGCCAGGCACAAUAUGCAGGCGCUUGGAGAUCCGAGUGUGCCAAUCCUUGGCCGUGCGGCCUUCCAACGGCGUUGCAGGAAGAUCAUGCGUUCCAUGGACACACCCAAUGCGAUUCAAGUAAUUGCUUGGGCCGAGAUGUACGACUGCUGGAUUAAAAUCACGGAAAAAUACCUCUCAGCCGUUAAGACUAAUCCUUCUCCACCAGAGGAUCAAAAGUUUGAAUGGCAAAACGUGACAUUGGCGUGCGCCGCACUCUCUGGAGGUGUCUUCAUGGAAAGGUCUGCCUAUGGCAAGGUGAUAGCACCGUUCCAACCCAUGCUUCAAUAUUUUGUCUCGGAUCCAAUGCCGGAGAGAUUCCGACGCGCGAGUGACUAUGAAGAACUCCUACGAGACUUCGUCGCUUCGCUCGUAGAGCUCCUCGUGCAUGAAGAUCUAGUUGUCCGCGAUGUAGCCAAGGAAGCGCUAGGCUCGGAAUCUCAGACAAAGCUCUAUUCGAUGAUUAUCUUCCAACUAGACAGCGUCGUGUCAAGGCUACUCGACCGACGGUUACCAGACUGGAAUCCGGCUAAUACGCCAAUACUGAUUGAGCAGGCAAUAUCCGUUCUCAGGCUCAUAUUCGACAGGAUCGAGACUAUCGCAGAUGGAGCGCAGCUCAAUGUCGAUGUCACACACAUCGUCCUUCAACUCUCGGCAUUCCUCAACUCGUGGUCGAGUAGUCUAAAUACGAUCCGGAUCAAAAUCAAGUUCUGCAAUUUGUGCAAUUCAUUGUUUUCAAAGUCAGAUAUCCUCGCCUUGAAGAAGAGCGUCGCCAUGCGAAACCAGCUAUUGGAUAGUAUCCACCAAUGGGUCAACGUUAUAUCCAUGGACUGGCCAAUGCACGAGCGAGACGCUAUGUUGAAGCUACAAGCCGACCUUGACUUUAGUUGUAUUCAGGCAGCGGCCACCAUGCUUGACAGGCUUCGAUUGCAACCGUUGGAUGGCUCUGGAGGACUCGAGUCUGGCCAGGCUAUCUCGAGCCUGUUCAGCAAGUAUCUCAACUUUUUCGUGCUUGCGUUAGAAAGGACGGUUCCCGUAGAGGAUGCACUGAGUGACCGUGGCUCGGCAGCCAGCAAGCCGGUAGGUCCGGGAAGCAAAGAGCAAGGGAGCGUUCGGGAGCUUGCGAUCCUCGGGAUAUCCAAUAUGCUCUCAGCAAACAUGGACGCUGGUAUCAAACAUUGCCUCUCGUUUGGCUAUCACGACGACCCAAGGAUGCGAGCCACUUUUAUUCUCAUCUUCACCCGUGUUCUCAAGCAGGGAGCCCGAUUUGAUGGAGUCGAACCGAUGGUCCCUCGACCUGGAAAUAGGCGCCUUUGCGAGAUGGUUCGUGGCGAUCUGCUGCUGGCGUUGGCUGUGUGCGAGACCUGCCCGGUGAACGAAGUCGACAUUAUGCUGCCUGUGAUGAUCAAUAUCUUUGAUACGCGCUCGACCCUGGUUUCUUUACUUCGAGGACUGAUCGACAAGGAGAUGACUCGCUCAGAACGACCUACGGAGCUGUUUAGAGCAAACACAAUGUGCACCCGACUCCUUGUCAGUGUCGCCAAGGUACACGGAUACAGCUAUCUUCGCAUGAUUAUUGCACCUCUCCUUGCAGAAAUGGCUCAGAAUCCGACCAUGGACUUUGACUCGACUACCCUGAGCGACGAAGAGAAGACGGCCAAUCUGAACAACCUCAAGCGCAUGGCACAAAUGUUCCUUGAUCGUAUUACAGAUUCUGUUGCUUUGCUGCCACCGCUCGUUCGCGAGAUUUGCGCUCAUAUUGCGGAGAAAGUCUCUAUACAAUGGCCGGAAAGUAAAUAUGCAGUUGUGGGCGGGUUCUUGUUCCUUCGGUUCAUCAACCCUUCUAUUGUUACGCCAGAGACUAUCGACCUAUCUGCGCCGCCACCCGUCCGUCGAGGAUUGCUUCUCAUCACAAAGAUCAUCCAAAACUUGGCGAACAAUGUCCUCUUUGGACGAGAGCAAUUCAUGAUGAUUCUCAACGACUUUCUAGAGGAAAAUAUUCUUCGUGUGACUCAAUUCCUCUCCGAUGUCGUGACGUUGCCCGAGUAUGAUCAAGAGGAAGCAGAGGAAUGGCAUGGCUCCUCCUACGACGAAGCUGAUGCUAUCGUCCUGCACCGCUUUUUCCAUCGAUUUGCGGACAAAGUUGGCAAAGAACUGUUGGGAUUCUCAAGAAUGUCGAUGGACGAUGAAGCAAGUCAAACAGGAAAACAGACGUGGGACAACUUAUGCUCGACGCUUGUGGAAAUGGGUCAACCGGUCACCAUACCUCCUCCAUCCAAAGACAUGAUCUCUCAACACCAGCUCUAUCAAGAGUUUAUGCGUACCCAUGAGCAUCGCUCCAAGGACCUCGUGCGUGAUCUAUUUUACGCCUUGCCAACGCCUCAGGGACAUAGUCCCGUUUACGCCUUAUUACUUCACAGAAUCAACGUGGAAACCGUUGAACUGGAUAUUCUCACUAUGCACAUCUUCAAGACGUUGGCGUCGAAUAAUCAACCUUACGAUGUGAUAUUCGACUGUACUGGAUUCACCUCAACUUCGGAGAUUCCCUUGCUAUGGCUACGGAUUUUCCUGGAGCGGUGUCCAUACGACUUUGUGCAAAAUUUCUCGCGGGCGUUCAUCUUGAAUGCAAAUAACGCCGCAAUGAAGUUCCUUCGAAAGUUGUACCACAUGAGUGGCGGAAUAGCACUCUCCAAGUCGUGCUUCGCCGUUUCUUCCAUCGCCGAUCUUCAGCAACAUCUCCCUGAUCUACAGCUUCAAGGAUCACUUCGCGCUGCAGACCUAGACAUGGAAAAGUCUAUCAUCUUCGAAGAAGUUGCACAACAGAGUCGACAUAGCAUUCGACUACCCAUAUCACUGAUCAUAUACGAAACCUAUCUUCGUAUUGUAUCGUUUCGCUCUCAACCCAUCUGGCCCGGACUAGAGUGCCAUGUCAACGAGAUUAUCCUCUUCUCUGAUAUUGGAGAUGUUUAUAACAUCUCUACAGGCCACGAACCAAACGAGUUCAUUGUUCGACGAAGCCGUUAUGGAGGUACACUCUACUUCUCGUCAUUGGAGCGUGACGUUAUCGUCCAUACAAUUCGCAUGGCCAAAGGCAAAUCAAGGGUCGAGAAUCUUCACUCAUAUGAACGGACCUACUCAUCCGGCGAGGUAUCCGCCACGCUCCUCAACAUCUCGCUGCUCAAUCUGGGCUCCGAUGAAGAGUCGUUGCGCAAUACUGCCUACGACUUGGCUACAGCGGUAGCUGCGUCGCUCAACUUUGACGACUCUGCCACCCUCCCUGUCAAUGGAGCGUUUAUGCCCUCGAGCCCCUUGUCGGUCGCGUUGCACAUUAGCGACAAACUUUCGGUUCAUUCUCCCAACCUGACACUGGAUUUCAUCGCGGAGUUUGCUCGGGGCUAUUUCAAGUCCUCGCGAUCUCACCGAGCCAUAUGCUUGCAAUAUCUGCAACCAUGGAUAAAGAAUCUUUCAACUACACCUGACCCAGCCAAUGUGUCGACAAUCCAGCCUGCCACCAAGCUCAGGGACUCAUUCAGGAUCCUGAUUGAACUAGUCGUCAAAGACCACGAGCUAUCUCCCGUUGCUCAGCGUAUAGUAUGGACAGAAGUGGCCAAGCUUGAACCCGGGGUCAUCUCUAUCGCCCUAGAUGAGCUCGUCAGGGCUGCCUCUGAUGGCGGAAUUGGCUCCAGGCGAUGCGAAUUGGCGGCAGAGACUAUGGUUGUGAUAUCUUCUAUCAGUGUUCGUGGCAAAAUACUUUCCAAGCUUCGCAAAGCUAUCGGAAAGACUAUUCUUCGACCCUCUCAGGCACUCACGGCCAGCGUCGCAUGGAACGAGGUCGCUGCCAUCUCUCGGCUUGCGCUGUAUGCUGGAUAUAAUACGAGAGUUCCGGCACAUAAUCAGCUUUUCGUGGCUGAAACGGCACAUCUCAUUACACUUUUGGCUGGUUCGGGGCCAGUCCUGAUGCGAACCACAAUAUUCGGCAUGGCAGUCAACCUCGCACAAUCGUUGUACGUCAGCAAAGCAGAUGAUCCUGCUGUAGCACCGAAGUUGAAGCAACUACUUGAGGACGCACACAAGCCAGAGAUUCUUUCCAUGUUCGGCCUUGUCGCCAACGGUCCGAUAGGAGACUAUAGUCUCCCAGAUUCAACUUCCGAUACCCUUCCUAUUGACACCUUGGAGGACUUAUCGAGGUUCAUGCUCAAGAUGAUCUCCUUGGGGGCUCAAUCUUCACUUGGGUCGAACCUGAUCAAUGUUUGGCGUGCGCGAUGGAUGAGUCUCAUCAUUUCUACCGCCUUUCACUGCAGCUAUAUUCAGUCGCGAGCCUUCGUCGUCAUGGGCGUUUUGGCCACGUCGGAUGUAGACGACGACUUACUGUAUCAAAUCCUUGUGGCCUUCAAGAAUGCCCUUGCUGGCUCCUCGGACGGCGACACCUCUACCUCUGCCGGAAUCCUCCGAUGCAUCACCAAGGUCAUACCAGGAACCCCUCACAAUGGUCGAUAUCUUUCUCAAAUUGUAUGGUUGGCGAUAGCCUUGAUGGAGUAUGGAGAGGUCGCACUGUUCGCCGAAGCAGCGGACCUCUUGAGAGUAUCGCUCGAGACUCUGGAUAAGCAGGGCUUGCUGGACAAUAUGACGCUCGCAAGCUUCUUCUUCGAAGCUCGCUCUCCGCUCGAAGAGGUUGCACUGCAGAUUGACGAUUACGUGGGUUUGUCUUUUGAGACGAAUUUCUCGUUUUCCCUCGCCGCGAUCAUCUUUAGAGGCCUGCGUCAUCCUCAGAAGCGGGUUCAGACAUCAAGUGCAUCUGUUCUCAGGUUGCUGCUGAAGUUUGCUGCCCGUUCAGCCCCAACCACUUCCAAUACAUCUCCAGAAGAAAAAUCGAUUCCACCAGAUGCGUUGGGUUAUUUCCUCGCACUACUGCCGACAGUGUGUCGAGCGUCUGCUCUGCAAGGCCUGCUCAAGGAUGCUGGAGUAGGCUCGACCUGGCUCCACGUGGCGUUCCGAGACGCUGAUUCCGACGAAGCAAGCAAGGCAAGAGUACCCCUUCAAUCCUUGGGCAUCAACGAGGACAACACGGCACUUCUCGUGGCCACUGUCCUUGGGACCAUGCUGAAUAGUGCGACCUCGAUCGACGAGCGUGAAACGCUCCUAUGUCUGCUGGCCGACAUGUCGACCGUAUAUCCUGAAGUGAUUGAGCAAAUUUAUGAGAGCAUCCAGGAGCGUAUCAUUCACUCCUUUUCCAAUGUCACCAACCCGGGGAUUCUCUCCGCUGUCGGUGUCAUUUUCCGCACAUCAAUGCUCGAUGUUCUUCCACGGAACGCACAAGGUCCUCGACUCAAUGGCUCUGCAUCGACCAUUGGAACGGCGGAGCAAGCUCAACCUCAGAACCAAGCCAGUCGUGUGCAGCUCACUCUUCUCGAAGAAAUGCAGAUGCGUGGUAUUCUUGCACCCCACAACUUCUUACCGAGGCAAGCCAGCGCGCAGCUUCUCCACUGCAUGGUCGAACUUGUAACUCGGAUCGUAGAGUAG